AAAGAACUCAACGCGCCGACGUCCGUGUGCAAACGUCCAGCUGAAAGGCGCGCCGAGCUUGAACGUCGCUAAAGUCGGCAGCGAAAAACACAACGGAAGAGAUUGUGCCUCAAUUCGGAAAACAUGCAUGGGAUGUCAUUUCACUUUGGCUUCGGAGAAACCAUACUCUUCGACGGCUGGAAGACGACGGAUCUGAACGGCAUCAUCGGCUCGAUGGUCGGCAUCGCGAUCAUGGGAAUGAUCUACGAAGCUUUGAAAAAUUACAGGGAAUAUCUCAACGUAACCAGCGCACUCCACAAUGUCCACGGCUCCCAGUCGAGAGUAGAGCGCAUGUUCUCCGCGGUGCAUAUCGUGCAAACAGCACUCCAGGCAGUCCAAGUGGUGUUGGGCUACUUUCUGAUGUUCAUAUUCAUGACCUACAACGUGUACCUUUGCAUUGCUGUGCUCGUCGGCUCUGUCCUGGGUUACUUCCUCUUCGCUUGGAAAUCCUCUAGAUGCGAUAUUAGCGAGUGUUGCUUGUGAAUGCUUUCUUCGCGGACUCGAAUUAUUAUUUUUUUUAACUGUGAUACAUUAUACCAGUUUCAGUCUCUUUAUGUAUACGCGACGGAUAAAUUUGUUAUAAUGCUUGAUUAUGACACAUUGAGUAUUAAUUAAUUCAUUAAGAUUUUAUACAACUUUUAAUAAAUCUAUU